AUGGGUAAUGGUAAUUAUGAUUACUCGUUCAAGAUAUUGUUGAUAGGUGAUUCAGGUGUUGGAAAAAGCAGUCUUCUUCUUAGUUUCACCUCCAACUGUCAGGAUUCUCUUCAGGAUAUUUCCCCCACCAUUGUGAUGGGUAAUGGUAAUUAUGAUUACUCGUUCAAGAUAUUGUUGAUAGGUGAUUCAGGUGUUGGAAAAAGCAGUCUUCUUCUUAGUUUCACCUCCAACUGUCAGGAUUCUCUUCAGGAUAUUUCCCCCACCAUUGCUGGACAGGAGAGAUUUGGUACAUUAACAAGCUCGUACUACAGAGGAGCACAUGGAAUUAUUCUUGGUGUGGAUUUCAAGAUAAAACAGCUCACAAUUGGGGGGAAAAGAUUAAAACUCACUAUUUGGGAUACAGCUGGACAGGAGAGAUUUGGUACAUUAACAAGCUCGUACUACAGAGGAGCACAUGGAAUUAUUCUUGUUUAUGAUGUAACGCGACGAGAAACCUUUACAAACUUGUCAGAAAUAUGGGCUAAGGAAGUAGAGCUCUACUCCACAAAUCAUGAGAGUGUCAAGAUACUAGUUGGGAAUAAAGUUGAUAAGGACAGUGAGAGAGCUGUAACUGUAGAAGAGGGGAUGGCUCUUGCACAGGAGCAUAAAUGCUUUUUUCUUGAAUGUAGUGCCAAGACUCGAGAAAAUGUGCAGCAGUGUUUCAAAGAGCUCAUCUUAAAGGUAUGCUGUUCAGGCAUUUGUCUACCUAACUGGCAGCUAUCUGAAGGUCAGAUCCUUCCAGAUGCUCUUUGUGAUCAGCCAGCACAGAUGGUGACAUCUUUUUAA